AUGAUCAAACUUCAACGUUUAAUACCUUCAUUACCAACAACAACAACAACAACAACAAGCUCCUAUAUUUAUCGUUUUGUUGAACAAAUACCACCAAUAUAUUAUAUUCAAUCUCGUCAAACAUAUUAUCAAAUUGAUGAAAAACAUUUAUUUAAUUCAAAUUUAACACUUGCUUAUUCAAUUAAAUCUUUAACGGAAUUAUUUUAUUUAUUUUUAGAACAAGAUCAAUUAAAACAAAUAUAUAAAUCAAUAUUAAUUCCUAUUCUAUUACAAUGGUUAUUUAACAUUUAA